AUGGAACACGACAAAAUCUCAACCCCGGUAGCCAGCCUGCCGGCUGCUGCUAUCGAACCAUCAUCUCCCAAUGUCAGUUCUGUGACGCCAGUACCAGAGACAACUGCGGCCGGAUCCACGAACCCUUCGCCAGCAGAUGGCUCGGUGCCGACAGCACCCGCUGAAGCACAACUUCCACAAUACGAAGAACACAAUAGAGAAGUGAUGCCAGCACCAGCACCAGCGGUUACAUCCACCACUACAACUUCUGUCCCGGCAGAAAAAACCCCAUGGGAACCCUCCACACAGGCUCCAGCUGCCCAGCCCGGACAAGGUCUAGUCGUCAACAGACCUGCCGAACUCAACCAGCUCAACGAAGAGCCACGCUUGAUCCACUGUCCCUUCUGCCAGCGCGAGGCGAUGACAAGAGUGACCAAGGAAAGCACCGCGUCCACAGGAAUGGCCGCACUUUGCUGCUGUCUCUUCGGCGGCCUUUGCUGUGCCUUCAUCCCAUACUGCAUGGAAAUGUGCCACGACUGCCACCAUUUCUGUACAAACUGUGGGCAGCAGGUAGCCCUUCGGCCACACGAUGGCCAAACGCAGAUAUUUUUGCCCCAGUCUGCCGUGGUCAUGGCGCCCGGGCGCAUUCAGCCACCGCAGGCGGCUGUAAUGAGUCACGGCAAUAGCGGCAAGAACUGA